CAUUCCCCAUCAAAGGUGAGUUGGAGAGAUUUUAGAGACCUAACAAUGGAGAAGAGAAGCAGGGACGAAAAGAUUGGUGGACCACCGUCCCAUAGCCGAGCCGGGCAAAUAUCUGGUUCCGGCAGUGGUAGACCAGGCCCUCCUCCGCCUCCUCAGUCCAGAGCUCCACCACCUCCACCCCUUCGCCCCCGAUCCGAACCCGUCGAUCGUGAAAAGACUUGCCCUCUGUUGCUUCGGGUUUUCACUAAGAUUGGAGGUCAUCAUAGUGAAGAAGAUUUUGCAGUAAGAGGCAAAGAACCUAAAGAUGAGGUUCAAAUUUACACUUGGAAAGAUGCAACUCUUCGGGAGCUAACUGAUCUUGUGAAAGAGGUAGCACCAGCGGCAAGGAGAAGAAAUGCAAAAUUGUCUUUUGCUUUUGUAUACCCUGAUAAACGUGGUCGUUUUGUGUUGAAACUGGUUGGAAUGACACACUCCUAUGGAAAUGGGAGACGAUUAGACGAUGGAAAGGCCUUGGGUGAACUUGACUUCCAGAUUGGAGAUUACUUGGAUGUUGCUAUCCUAUAGAGGAUGAACUUGUUGACGCGUUUACUAAGCUAGUGCUCCUGGUUUGACUAGGAAGGGUCCUUUGAUUUGUUAGCUUUUUGGUUGUGCAGAGGUUUUGUUUAUAUGCCAUGAUUUUUCCUAUGUUCUAGUGCCUUGUAAGUGCUGAUUCGUAUGUUUAAGGGUGUUAAAACAUUGAAGCUUAAUGCAUUUUUACUAUAAUUGUGUUUGUGCU